AGCUGAACUCUGACCGUGAGGGUGGAAGCACAUUCAGCGCGCUCGAAAGGCACGAGCAGCACUUGAAGAAUGCCUUUUUGGGGUGAGGUACCAACCAGGUCAAAUCCAUGAAUUGUUUGCACUCCAGAGAGAGAAAGGUGCAUCAAGAGGAGAGAGUGAGUCCUUUGCAGAGAUGAAUGACAGUGCCAGUGGCGAUGGACCACACCAGGAACAGCCAAUACCAGAGACAUUCUCGAAACAGAGCAGGCGAGGCUAUUGCGGCUGCUGUAAAGAGUUGUAUACCUGUCUGGAACAGCACCUCCAGACCAUUCGGCACAGGCAAUUUGCCAGUGAGCCCAGGAAUCAGGGACCAGCUAAAAGCCUCAUGGAACGCUUCCUGCAAGAUGUCAUCCAGUACCACCCUUCCCGGUAUAAAGACAACAGGUCAACGUACAUGGAUCUGCCGUCAAUUAAUGCCCCACUUCUCCCCAGGAAGGAGCUCGCAGACAUACACUCCUGUCAAGAUGACAAGGAGACCAUUGGGACCAGAGAGGAGUUGCCCAGCACCGAUAACGAAUCCAUCAGAUCAGCACACUUGAUGGUUGGGAAGAAUGGAGCAGCUUGCAGUCGGGCUAAAGCCAAUGUAUCAUCUCCAAUGCCUAUUGGCGCUCCACUGAUUCACAAAGAUACCACUGUUAAAGAAACAGCGUAUGGUGAGCAUGUGAUUGACAUCAGCUCCCCUACACCUAAAGGCUUACGCAGGGCUGCUUUUUUAGGUUUGAGUGAGGGUAUCCUGCCAUGCGGUAAAGUGGAUCGGCAUGGCCAUCGUAUCGGUUUAGGUCUGUACCGACCUACGCCAAGGAAGGGAAUAAAGGACCAUGAUAAGACCGUGGCUGUCAGCCAACCCAGAUGUGAGCAACGUGAAAACUGGAGUCCCGCUCAAAUGAACUUUCCUAACGUCUCCUCAGGGCCAGCUUUGCGGUUUUCCAGAUUGCACAAUGUUAAUUCUCAGGGCACAGUAGCAGGGUCUCCUCUUCCUCAACUCAGGGACUAUACCGGGGCCAGCAGCCCGCGCUGCGCAGGUGGGCCAAGCCAAGCCGAGGAGUGCAGGCUACAGAACAGGAGCACCGUCACUUGCCUCAGUACCCUCAAAGAGGCGAAAAUCGUGGACCGCAUAGAGGACCUGGUCUCCGAGACCAUCGAGACAGUCAUUCAGAAGUACUGCAACAGGCAGGUGUCGCAAUGUCAGGAGAGUGACAGUGAGAAUUCAGCAGCGGAGGUCAAAGGGAUGCCGACUUAUUGUCAGCUCGAGAAGAAAAGGAAAGUGGUAGAGACAGGCCUACAGGGCAGUCUGCCAGGCAGGAAAUGGCCUCUUGAAGGAGAGCACCAUCUGGGUGCCCCUUUGAACAGUAAUGACGCGGUUUGUAACAGACAGGCGGUGCGGGAUACAGCAUCUUGCUUCAAGAAAAUGCUGUCUUUAAGCCUAUCCAAUGAAAGGAAAGCAGGGGGACAGAAGCCAGCUGCUAGUGAAGAUGGCAGUUCUGGUGGCAGCAUCUGUUCCCUUGGUAGUCACCUGGGGCACCUGAAGUCAACCAGCAGCUCCGAGUGGGACACCUCUGUCAAGGUGGAAAAGGACUGCUCGCGGAUAGCGAGCAAGGACCUGGAGCUCCUGACGGACACCCAGAUAACCCUUGAAGACAGAGGCUACAAAACCCAGCUGAGCUCCGUCCUGCAUUUCCAACCGGAGGAGUGCGACAAAAUGGAAGAGGAGAAUCCCGCCCACACUGAGAACGGCGUGAAGGUGGAGCAGGUGGAAACCAGGCCGCAGCCCCUCGAAGGUGAGCAGAAGCUCCGGUCACUGCCAUAUGUGCCUGCGUCAUUCGCGGGGAAGACCUGGUCGGAAAUCAUGGCGGAGGAUGACCUGAAGGUGGAGGCGUUGGUCAAGGAGUUCAAGGAGGGGCGAUACUUGUGCUACUUCGACAGUGAAUCACUGGCCAACCGCGGAAGGAAGCAACGCAAGAAGCACCAGGCCAGCAACAAAGACCCGUCACAGGCCAACUCCAAGGCUUCAGCUGAAACCGCUGGGGGUUUACCCCACUUGCAGGAGGACAACAACGAGGCCGAGCCCGAGCCGGGUCCCUGCAAGCUGGAGCCGGGCAAGAAACCGGGCCUGAGGCACUGCCGCCUGGCAUCCCGGUGCCAGGUGGUGAAGGUGAGCCACGGUACCCAGACCAGCGAGGCUGGCUAUCCAGUGGUCAAGAAGAAGUCACGGAGGGUGGAGCAGGAGCCUGAGAAUGUCUGGGCAGGUGGUGAGGCUGAGGCCGAAGAGAGACCAGGUGCCAAGGCUAGGCUGUGUUCGGUGAGGCUGCCCAGGUCCUACAGCAAGAUCAUGAGCCCGGUGCAGCCAAGGACCGUCAUCUACGUGCUGUCGUCGCCAGAUUUCGCGUCGGCCACACGGGCCGCCUGCCACGAGGGCAAGAGGACCUCAAAGGCAUCUGAUGACGGCGCCAGCCCGGCCAAGUACAAGUACAAGAAGUCACCAGUCAGAUACUAUGACCCGGCCACCAACAGGAUCGUCAAGACGCCGCCAGGCACCCACCACGUGCGGCAGCUGUUCAGGAGCCUGAGCCCGGAUAUCAACAUGGGACAGUUCACCGAAAAGCCGCGGCUCAAGGCCGCAGGAAGUGUUGCCUGUGCUGCCGCUGCUCUCCCGCAUCCGGGUAACAACCAGGCCUUAGGCCUGUGGCCUACGACGGCCGCUGCUGCCUCAUCCUCUUCUGUCAAGGAGCGGCCACUUGGGGAGAGCCCUGGCAGCGAGUGCCCGUCCAAAAGCACUGGCACCGCCUCCAGCUCCCGCCAGCCGUCACUGUCCCGCUCGUUGUUGGGUUCGGACAGUGGGCUAAGGCCUCCGCCGCCCGCUCCUCCUCAGCGCCGCUGCCGCCAUCUCUUGUCAGACGCCAAAAGCGGCCUCCUGUCGCCGCUGAGGAAAGAGACACCCGAGUCACCGUUUGGCAAGCUCCAGGUGUACGUGGGCCCCAGGAGCCGGAGGCCUUUGGACAAGGAGGGUCCGAGGCAAGCCUCCGGGGAAGGACAGUUGGCGGGGUGUGAGGAAGAGGAGGAGGAGAAUGGGGAGGGCAGGGGCAGGGAAGAUGGCCCUGUCAGACCAACCCUGGGGCCACGGCCCGGCCUCAGGGGCACUUCAUCCCACUCUGACACGGGCCCACCAACCACCAGCCCCCCACCCAGCCGUAGGCCCCGCCUCAGGCCUGCUUCUAGGGACACCACCUCGGGCAGAAAGGUGGUACGGAGGGAGGCCGAGGUAGUCAUUGUACCCCGGCAAAGCCCCCGCCAGGCCGCCCGCAAGAGAAAGUGAACUCCUUGCCCUACAUUGCUCUCCAUUUGUGGGGCUGGAGCAGCUUCCUGUCUGUCUCUGACUGUCCACCAUCACCAAGGCCCAUUUCUCACCUUCCCUUCCCUUCCACUCUCUUCAUCCUGAAUUGUUGCGUGUUUUUUUUAAAAGUUCUAUUUGUAUGAAGUACUUCAGGGAAUUUGCAGCUGAAACACACACAAAAAGAAAUUGCAGCCUGUAUUUUUAU